AUGUAUAGGAACCAAUACGAUACUGAUUGUAUAACCUGGUCCCCUCAAGGACGUUUAUUCCAAGUAGAAUAUGCUAUGGAAUCUGUCAAACAGGGAACUUGUUGUGUAGGUAUAAAGUCGAAUACACAUUUGGUACUUUGUGCUCUUAAACGCAAGAUUUCUAAGCUUGCUCAGGUUCAAGAUAAACUAUACAAAGUGGGUGAAUAUAUCGGUGUUGCUAUGUCCGGUAUAACUUCUGAUGCAAAAAUGAUAAUCUCAUAUAUGAGGAAUGAAUGUCUAAAUAAUAGAUUCCUAUAUGGCUGUGAUAUUACUGCCUCUCAGCUCGUUUCACUUGUUUCCGAGAAAUCUCAAGCUAACACUCAAAUUUCUUCCAAGAGACCGUUUGGAGUAGGUCUUCUGGUCGCUGGAUAUGACGAGGUCACUGGUUUACACUUGUAUGAGACUUGCCCAUCCGGAAACGUUGUUGAGUUUAAUGCAACUGCUUUUGGAGCCAGGUGUCAAUCAGCCAAAACAUAUUUGGAAAAAAAGAUUUUGAACUUCCCAGAAUCUGAUUUAAAUUCUCUCGUAUAUCAUGCUAUAAGAGCUCUUAAAACAACUAUACCGAACGACGGAGAGUUCGAUGUUGAUGUGGUCUCCGUUGGCAUUGUAGGCAAAGGAACUCCAUGGAAUCUUUUGGAUCAAGAUAUGGUCAAAAAAUAUGUUGAUAAGGUAUUUGACUAUAUAUUUCUCAUACCAUAUUCAGAUAAAGGAAGAAGAUAA